ACGUUGUUUACAUGUGACGUCACUUCCUGCUUGACGCUACUAGGAGGAAGAGCUCGAAGAAAGCAACAGAAAGGGCUGAAGAAGACAUGGCUGAACUGUCACUGUACCUCACAAAUGUUAACGUGUCUCUAGGACAAACUAUGGACACAGAGAAGAGUUCUACAGUGGUGAAGGAGUUUGAAAGUGUGGAACUUGGAGAUCUGAGCAAAAAGAAGCCAAAGAUUCCUCGCAGAACAAUCUACUUUGCAUCUGGUGAAACUAUGGAAGAGUACAGUACUGAUGAAGAGGAGGAAGAAGAACCAGAGAAAGCGAAAACUAUAAGCAAAGUGGAUCCGUCAAAGCUAACCUGGGGUCCAUACGUCUGGUUCCAAAUGUGGAGAGUGGCAACCUCAACCAUCUCAGUUUGUGACUAUCUUGGAGAAAAAAUGGCCUCGCUGCUGGGAAUCACGACACCAAAAUAUCAGUACGCAAUUGAUGAGUACUACAGAAUGAAGAAAGAGGAGGAGGAAGAAGAGGAGGAGAACCGUCUCUCUGAGGAGGCAGAACGUCGUUUUGAGGAGCAGCACAAUCAGGAGGGCCAGCAGCCAAAGAUCGAGCAACCAGAAGGAACUGCUUCUUUUGUGAAUGUGACCUUUGAACUGGAGCAGGAAUCACAUGCUACACCUGAUGUAAAUAAAGUGCCUGCCCCCAUUCCCUCCUAAAAUACUGUUUAGUUGAUUUGAGCACGUUAGAUGGUUGUUACCAUAUUUACUAUGUUAGGUUUCAUUUUUGGAGAAGAAACUUAAUCUUACAUGAAGUCGAACAUGAAGGUAACAUGUUGUUUAUGCAUAGCUGACAAUGAUUCUGCUAAGAACACGGAACUGUUUUAAUAAUCAUUUACAAAGAUAUACAUAUAAAUGUGGAAGCUUAUUUUUGACACGGAAUAAAAAUGUUUUUAAAAAGGUAAUUGCAAAUUUACACCUCACAAUUCUGACUUUUUCUUAAAAUUUAAGUUUACAUCUUGGAGUUCUGUUUUUAUACACCUAACCCAAAUUUUGAAAGAAAAAAAAUCUGCAACUGCAAAAUAUAAAAAAAAGUCACAAUUGUAAGUCACAAUUACCUUUUUAAUUUUUUUCUGUGGUGGAAAUAAUGUUCCAUAUAAAACCUCUCUUGGUCACUACAACAAUUCAUUGUACAUUUUAAUAAUUAUAAACCCCUAAAAGGCUAAACACUAUAACAACUGCAUGGAUUAGCAAUCUCUUACAAUGCUGUAAAAUGUGAGUACUUAUAAUAGACAUUUCUAUGUUACUGAUAAUGCUAGGAGUUGUCAAAAAUCACGUAAACUGUCAGAUGGGAAUAUUCCCUCUUUCAAAAGUCAGUGUUUUCAGAGCUGACAACAUUCAAGAAGUUAUUUUUCUAACCAAAUAUUCUUUUUAUGUGAGCACAUUAUUGUUUGUGUGUAUGUAAAUGUGUGCUUUACCCAUUUGUCCACUCCCUGACAUACACACACACACACACACACACACACACACACGAAAAGCAUUUCAUUUUGAAAAGUGUGUAAUUUAUUUGUGUACAAUAAUUUUGUAUUAUGUAGGUGACAACACACCUAGCUUUCUAUAAUGUAGGUGAUAAAAAAUACAGUUUGUUUUGUACAUAUUACUUAAUAAACUAUUCAAUAUACAACUGA